GCACCUGGAAUGUCAUUAGCGAGCUAGGCCUGACCACCUCCAUCACCUUUGCUGACCCCAUCACUUCCAUAGGGAAUGGCACUGAGGAUGCCAGGGGAACAGGCAUUCUCAGGUUGCCAGGAGCCAUUGUUCUAUUUACCAAGACAGUCCGAUGCCAGGACAGUGCCCCUGAGCUCUGGACAGGGCUAGGGCUGCAUUAGGACACCUGCCGUGCAGCUGCUGGAGAGUCAGCAGGAGACAUUGAGAUGGCUGAGGAAGUCCCCAAGGCCCCCUCAAAGCCCAUCCGUGCCUGGGAGGAGACGGAACCUCCCCAACGGAAGAGUUGGCGAAAGAGCCCACAGCGGAAGCAGGAGCUGUGUGUGCCUCAGCCCUUCCGUGCCGAUUCACCAGUCUAUUGUAACGCCUGCUUGAGGAGGCUAGACUGGGAGCACAAAGAGGCCCUGGACUACAUCAACGCCUUUCUAACGAGCAAUGAACAGGACGAGGCCAAGAACCUCAAGUUCUUGGAUUCCAUCAGCAGCCUCAGAAGCCUGCCUGCUUUUAUGGACCAAGUCCUGCUAGUAGAGAAGAUAACGGAGCUGAUUGAUCACGAGUCCGUCGACUCCCUGACCGGCGUGAUGCGUCAGCAAGCAAUGCUCGCCAUCAUGAAGCUGAGCAAAGUGAAGCUAUCGGUGUGGCUCCUGACACGACCCAGGCUGCUCACCACCUGCUUCUCCAGCAUCUUCUCCCUGCCUCCAGCACACACCAUGGAGGAGGUGGAGGCUGCUCUCUACACCAAAACGCUGAAAACCAUGGAUGAGAUGCUGAAGGCCUUGGUGUGUGAGGAUAAGGAGCCCAACCUUGUGGUGCUGCAAAACAUCGUGAAGGUCCUGCUCCCCUGGACCACAUCCAAGGAGGUACAUGAGCGGUUGAGGGCAGUGGGAAGGAUCAGGUGGCUGAUGGAAUUCAUGGGGUCUCAGUGCAAAUUCCAGGAAGUGGAGGAGUUCAGCGUCCUGGGCCAGCUGGUGGGGUGUCUCACUCUGUGCCGUGCGGAGCAGGAGCAGGAGAUCUGCCAAUCGGCUGUGGAGGACUUCGCCACCUCUACUCCUUCAUGCUGCAUCUAA